GCGGGAUGUCACCACCCGAUUUGUUCUCCGUGUAGCAGAGAGUUAUCAACCAACUCGACAGAGACACCCGGAAGGCACGAGAGUCAGUCUGAGAGGGCAACAUGAGUCGCUUUUAUACCUCCAAAUUCAAAAACACCACUCCGAAAAUUGCCAAGAAAGAUGGCUGGAUCAACAAUGUCCGUGCUGGUUCUUUUUCCUGCCAGGGAAACCACAUCAAAGCGACCUCCAAGCUGGUGGCCUUCCACGGCGAGCAGGCUGGUGGAGGUAUGCUGGGCCUUUCUUCAGUCAAACCUGGUUCAGAUGGACAAUGGACAGUCGGCCAUAUUUCCUGCCAUUCUGAUUUAAUGACUGAUAUGGACUUUUCUCCUUUUGAUGAGAAUCUUCUGGCUACGUGCUCUGCAGAUGCAACGGUGAAGCUGUGGCGUCUGUGUGACCCAGAGCUAGAGCAGCCCAGCAGUCCGGAGUUGACCCUGCAGCCAGAUCAGGGCAGGCUGGAGCUGGUGCAGUUCCACCCCACUGCCUCGGGAUUGCUGGCCGUCGGCUCGGCUAAGUCUCCUCUGAUAUGGGACACCGGCCGCCAAGAUGCGCCUCUAGCAGCUCUGGAGCAGCACAGUGACCAACUGCAGAGUCUGAGCUGGAAACGGGACGGCGCUCUGCUGGCUUCGUCCUGCAAGGACAAGAUGUUGCGAGUGUUUGAUCCCAGAGCUCAGCUGACACCUGUUCAGAGUGCCAAAGUUCUUCAAACCAACAAGGAUUCACGCAUCCUGUGGACUAAAGACGACCUUUUGCUGACCACCAGCUUUGACAUGAUGCGAAGUCGGGAGGUGAGGCUCUGGGACAGUAGGAAGCUGAGCUCCUCCGUCGGCUCCGCUUCACUUGGCACUUCCAGUGGGAUGCUGAUCCCUCUGUUCGAUGAAGACACCGGUUUGCUCGUACUUGCUGGACUGGGAGACACAUUCAUGGAUUGUUUUGAAGUCUCUUCCUCCGAGCCUUUUCUCUCCCAAGUGAGCCACUGCCUUUUAGACAACUCGACCCGAGGGGCUGCCGCGGUUCCCAAACUGGCGUUGGACGUAAUGUCUUGUGAAGUGAUGCGUGUGCUGCAGCUGACGGACAGCGCCAUUGUUCCAAUCAGCUAUCAAGUCCCUCGUAAGAAUUCAGGCCACGAGUUUCAGGACGACCUUUACCAAGACACGGUGGGCACGACUCCGGCCAUGUCUGCUGAUGAGUGGUGGCAGGGAGGGAACAAGCAGGUGGAGAAAGUCAGCCUCCAGCCUGACAAGCAGCCCAAACUAAAGGCCCCCGCCGCGAGACAUAUGCCUGCAAAGGUGGAGGCGGCCAAUGGGAGGAGCAAAGGGGAUCCAGCUCGUGGCUGCUCCACCUCUAGUAGUCCUCUCAGUUCUCCCAGCAGCAGCGCUGCCCAAUCCGGCUCUCCCUCCUCCACCUCUGGCCUCUCCUCAGGCUUCCUCCCCAGUCCCAGUCCCAGCCAGAGCACCAAGGCCAUCCAGAGCAUGUUAGGGAAAUCCUCCAAGUUCCGUCACAUCCAGGGCGCACUUAUGCAUCGGGACACGCACAUUACCAACAUACGCAACCUGAACCUGACCACACCGGGCGAGUGUGACGGCUUCUGUGUCAACAGUCAACGUGUGGCUGUACCCCUCGCCAUCUCAGGGGGCCAGAUUGCCGUCCUUGAGCGCUCUCAGCCUGGCAGGGUACCAGAAACAGCGAUGCCCACCAUCCAGAACUCUGUCAAUGUGGUUGACUUGUCAUGGGACCCAUUUGACACACACCGGCUUGCUGUGGCUGGUGAUGAUGCUAAGAUCCGGGUGUGGCAGGUUCCAAACGGAGGUCUGAGAGAAACCUUGACUGAGCCUGAGCUCAUCAUGCAAGGCCACACAGAGAAGAUUUACUCAAUCAAGUUUCACCCUUUGGCCAGUGGACUCCUGGUGUCGUCAUCGUAUGACCUCACAGUCCGACUGUGGAGCCUGGAGAGCGGAGAGCAGGUCAAACUCCUCACUGGACACAAGGACCAGAUUUUCAGUAUGGCAUGGAGCCCGGACGGGAAGCUCUUGGCCACCGUGUGCAAAGACGGUAAAAUUCGUAUCUAUGACCCUCGCAAGUCCACUGCCCCUGUGCAGGAAGGCUCCGGCCCUGAGGGCCACAGAGGAGCUCGCAUACUGUGGGUGUGUGAGGGCAAGUACCUGCUGGUGUCUGGAUUUGACGGUCACAGUCAGAGACAACUGUACCUGCAUCCUGCAGACUCUCUGUCCUCCCGAGCCUUAGCCAUUGUGGAUGCUGGCAUCUCUCCGUCCACACUCAUCCCCUUCUAUGACCCUGACACCAGUGUGGCUAUUCUCACUGGAAAAGGUGACACCCGAGUGCACAUUUACGAGGUCGUCCCCGAGGAUCCAUACUUUAUUGAGUGCAGCAGUUAUAACUCUCCUGAGCUACACAAGGGCUUGGCCUUUCUCCCCAAGACGGAGUGCAAUGUGCGUGAUGUGGAGAUAGCAGUCGGGCUAAUGCUCACUAAGGCAUCCAUAGAGCCUGUGGCCUUCAGGGUGCCACGCGUCAAGAAAGAGUUUUUCCAGGAUGACUUGUACACAGACACAGCAGAGUGGUGGAAACCAGCUCUGACCGCCUCUGCCUGGCUGUCCGGCUCCAACGGCCAGCACAAGAAGAUCAGCCUGAAGCCCAAAGACAUGACUCCACUGAGUGAAGCCCCCAAAGAGGCUCCAGUCAGGAAAUACCUUCCCUCGUCUGUUUACCUGGAGGAGAAGACUGACGAGCAAAAGAAAGAGGAGCUGCUCAGUGCCAUGGUGGCCAAGUUGGGGAACAUGGACGACCCACUGCCACAGGAGUCCUUUGAGGGGGUCGAUGAGGACGAGUGGGACGACUAAAGGAGACGCUCCGCCUUUGCCUCGAACACGGUGCCAACAACAGUGUGAGGAGACCAGUCUCCAUGUUGCCAAGUGUCAGUGCCACCUCUGAUGUCCUCUUAACUAACAUCUCAGCCUACAUUUUACAGAUUAAUAAAAAAAAAAUACUGCACAGUGCGAGCAAACCCUCCGCUAAGUCGCCUACAAACACCCCGCCUGGGUGACGCAUGAAAAAAAGUCUGAAUAACAAAAAUAACACCUUCUGAAAAUGAGUACUGUAUGUGUGCAUCUGUGCAGGUGUGGGAAAUAAUAUGUCAUGAUAUCUAAGUGUUUGUUGUCUAACUGCAUGAAAGUUGAUGUGCAAACAUUAUUUAAUGUUUGAUUAGAAUUCUUAAAUAUUUCAACAAUCGUUCAGGAUAAGUUUAUUUUCCAGCUAUCACUAAAAUCCACAAUAUGAAAUGAUACAUAACAACAAUAAUAAUAAUAAUAAUAAUCAGUAACAGCUUCGUCAGUGUGAGCAGGAAAUCGUAGCAAUAACAGUUUUACUGACGACAAACAGUGUUUUUAAAACAAAUGAUGGCUAUUUUUGCCUCACUUGUGUUUAUGACAUGAUCACGUCAUAUUACAGUGCCCACUGUUAUAUCGCUGGUGUCAGAACACCUCGUGAUGUACAAACUAGCCGUGUGUGGAUAUUUGCCGCCACAGUGGACCACUCGCUCGCUGAAUGCUGAUGAAACAAUGACCCAACAGGUGACUAUUGUGUGCGUGUGAAUGACCAAAACUUCCUGUUUACACAAACUCACUCUUACUGUAACGCGUUCAAACCUUCAGCAGCAAAAAAACGAGGAUACCACAGGGUCACCAGUGCUCAUGUUUACCCAUGAACUGGAAUUUUCUUAUAACAGUCAUUCAUAUUAUGCGUUUUCCUUGUUGACAUGAAUAUGUCACUGUGCUAGUGCCAGUUAGACUUUGAUGUUUAUUGUUAUUAUGUUUAUGUGGGGGUUAAAGAUAAAGAGUAUACAUGAAUUGUCACCCAGUGAACGCCAAACCUCCUGCUCUUGGAGUUAUUAGAGGAGCCUUUGUAUACUUUAGAUGAUUUAUUUUCUCUUAUUCCUUUCAUCAAAUCUUGCUCUUUGCUGUGUUUCAGACUGUUUGGGAUACAAUCCUCGCUAAAUGAGCUAAUUUUUUUCUCUUCUUGUCUUAUUAACUAGUAUUAAGUAUUUGUGGUGGUCACUAGACGAUAACAGAGUAGUGUUGAAAAAUAACAGCCAUUGUUUUUUUUCCUCUGAUCAGAGCAAUAUCACCAAUAAUCCAGGCUUGAACCAGCCGCGUUUCUUUACAACAGACAGUUCAGCCACUAUCGUGCACAUCCACAAGCUGCAGGUGUCAUCAGUGCAUGUGCAGUGCAAACUGUAUAUGCUUGGGAUUUCUUUAACAAAAUGAUAACGUUUUCACUGGAUUAACUUGCCUUCCAUUGUGUUAAAAAAACUUCCUUUUUAUACAUCGAGUUUGGAAUGUUGUUUUUGUAUCAGGUAAAUGAUGGAUUAUGGGUCUUUUUUUUUUAAGAUAUUGUCUUUCAAUAAACACAUUUUGGACCAAUUA